UUAUUGUACAAUUUUUUAAUACCUAACACGAGUCAGUUGUAAAUAAAUCAUCGUACUUGGAUAAUAUAGUAUGUAUAGCAAAAUUGAGUCAUAGCUGAUCAAGCUGAGCUGUCACAUUUUGUGACUUCGAAUAACCCUUGUUAUUCUCCCACGUAAGGGCAUGUGAGAUCAUAUCAAUUUUCUCUAAUUGUGACAAGAACGAUAAACGAAAAUGUUUUCGAGUGGACCAAAUUACACAAAACUAAAGACGCAUUUGCGUCUUGCAAUAAAUCGAUUGAAAUUGCUUGAGAAAAAGAAAACUGAACUUGCACAGAAAGCACGAAAAGAAAUAGCCGAUUACAUAGCCGCAGGAAAAACUGAAAGAGCAAAAAUACGAGUUGAACAUAUUAUUAGGGAAGAUUACAUGGUCGAAGCUAUGGAAUUGCUCGAGAUGUAUUGUGAUCUUUUAUUAGCACGUUUUGGACUUAUUCAACAAAUGAAAAACUUGGAUGAAGGAUUAGCAGAGGCUAUUUCUACAAUAAUUUGGGCUGCUCCCAGAAUUCAGACUGAUGUUCAAGAAAUUAAAGUAAUCGCUGAUAUUUUAACAUCUAAGUAUGGCAAGCCGUACACAGAUGCUUGCAGAGAAGAAGCAGUGCAAACUAUUUCUGAGAAGUUAAAGCACAAAAUGAGUGUACAGUCACCAUCUAAGCUUCUUGUAGAAAAGUAUCUUAUAGAGAUUGCAAAAAAUUAUAAUGUUGAAUAUGAACCAGAUCCACAGGUAAUGUCAGAAGGUCAGGAUGCUCUUCUGAUUGAUGUUGGAGGUAGUGGUGAAACUAGAAAUAAUUUAGAUACAGCUUCUGGUGGUGGUAUACCACAACCACUUGGAUUUAUUGGUUUUCCUCAACCUCCACUGUUACCAAAUCCAACAGCAAACUUAAUUAAUUCAGAGAAAGGACCUAUUGGAUUUAUACCUCCAUCGGUACCCUUAGAAAAUAAAGACCAAAAUGUUCCUUACAACCCAAAUAAUGUUUCUUAUAAUAUUCCUUUGGAUAACUCAAAUAGCAAUAAACCUGAAAAUGAUUUGCCACCACCAUAUGGAUCGUUUCCUCCUGAUUUAAAUAAACAGUCUGAUCAAAAACCAAAACCACAACCACGAUCAAAAAUGCCGAUGAAUGAUUUUCAGCUUCCAGAUCUACCAGCUGUACCAUCUGAGAAUGAUUUACCUUCAAAUAAUCCAUCAAGUAGCGAAGAUAUUGAUUUCGACGAUUUAAUGAAACGCUUUGAAGAUUUAAAGAAAAGAAAAUAGUUUAUAUUUAUAAAAUAUAUUAGAUAUAAUAUAUAUCUCGAAAAACAGAAAAU